AUGAAUUCUAAAAUAUUUUCUUUAUUAAAUCCUUUAAUAAAUUUUAAUUUAAUUAUUAUUUUUAUUUUCACAAUUAUUUUUCAUUUGACUUUAGCAAAAAUAGCAAAUGAUGUGUCUUUAUGUAAACCCCCUCCUCCACCUCAUCCCCCUCAUCCACAACCACUUCCAAUCAAAACAACAUUUUCCCCUCCAAAAUUAACUACUACAACAGAAUUAAAUAAUAAUGAUAACCCUAUUGUUGCUAAUCCAGUAUGUAGACAACCUAAAGAUAGGGGGAAUUUAUGUAAGGAAAAUAAUGGAAAUGAAACAAAAAUUAAAUGGUAUUUCGACGAAAAAACAUUACAAUGUUUAGCUUUUGGAUAUAAUGGAUGUGGGGGAAAUGAAAAUAAAUUUUCUUCAAUUUUUGAAUGUCGGGAAAAAUGUCCAUUACCGAUGGAUUUUGGUGGGUGUUCUGGUAAUAAACCUUCAGCUAGAAAUUCUAAAGGAGAACAAAUAUUUUGUGGAGGACAUCCCGGAUUGAAAAUAGAAAUGUGCCCGACAGGUUUUCAAUGUAGAGGAAUGGCUUUUUAUUCAAUUUGUUGUGAUAGUGAAAAUGAAGAACUUUAUAACAAAAAUUUCAAUCCAAAAUGUGCCAAUGGAAAACAACCCCAUCAAAUUUUUGAUGAAAGAAACAAUUACAAUAUAACUUAUUUAGGGAAGUAUUGCAGUGAUCAAUUCUGUCCUUUAAAUACAAAAUGUGUUGAAUUGGAAAUAUUUUCACAUUGUUGUGAAUAA